GGUGGUGAAAACGUAAACAAAGCAUGACAUUUUGUAUCGCUGGUUAGUUGGAGGCAAAAAAAUAACAUAUUACUCUUAUUUUAGGCCGUUUCUUGUUAUCCAUAAGACGACCAUGGACACAAAUACUUUGUUGCUCCGGUUUGAUGGACGCUCCCGGUUGCUGCUCCGUUCUUUACUCUCGGGAGCUACUGGUGCCCGUCGAGGUCUGUGGGUGUUCCAGCGGCAGCGACGGUCAGACCCGGACCGCUGCCUACACACCUGUCUCGAGACUCUUUGCCAGCAGGAAAUAUGCCUGAACAGUGAUGCUCAGACUCUGACAACCAAACCACUCGUGUGCCUAUUUCCAGUUGCCUUCCAACGGAGCCUCCUGUCCUUCCUCCAUCUCACCCACCCUUUGCAUCCCCGGACCAGUGUCCUUCACCUGCUAGACUGCCUCAGCCAGGGGGAACAUGCCCCAAACCCCUGGGUGUCUGCCCUGGUCGUACAGCUCCGGAGAGACCUGGGAGCCCCUGGGGGGAAGGAGCCUCUAAUCACCCCCCAGUGCAGAGAAAGACUAAGGGGACUAUGUGAGCGUCUGAGGGAUAGUGGUGGUGGUGGUGGUGAUGAUAAAGCAACAGGAUGGGCCUUGUGUUUAGGUGGACCAAUAGAGCCACAACUCUCCUCAUCCUCACAGGGUGGGCUAGAUGUGGUUCCGAAGAGGAAGAGCAGCUGUGUGGAUCUGGACUCAGAACCUGAGGAUGACGUCGGACAGCAGCGUAAGAGGAUGAGGAUAAGUCUCUCUCCUGUGGACACUGAGAGGAGUUGUAGCAGUAUGGAGUAUGUGGUGGGAACGGAGGGUUUGAAGGAUGAGAUGGAGACGGACCGGGUGGUUGGUGUCAUCCCAGAACCAGCUGUGGAACCGCAGCCAGCAGCAGGGAGUCCAAGUGAUGCCCUGCCUGAGAAUGUAAAGGCUUCAAUCCCUCAAAUCAAAGAAAUGUUGGAAAGUGAGAUGGAGUGGGACCAGAACUCAGUGGAUAUCUUCAAGGUGCUGAACGACUGUGACCCCUCCCAGGUAGAGAUCUUAUGUAGGAUGCUGAGUUUGUCUGAGAUGCCAGAACAGACCCUACCUCAGCUCUGUAGCUGCCUGCUAGAACUCUCUCCUGAUCUCAGUCACAGCACAGCAGCCACACUCAUCAAGAGUCUCCUGCUGGGAAAGGACCUGAGCCCUAGGACUAUGCCUGGCAUGAUGACUCCUUGCUGUCCCCAGUCCACCUGGUCAUGCUGCUGCUCCAGUUUCAACGGUUCUGCCUGCAGCUAUGGAACCCUGACCUGUUCACCAGACGUGCUACCUUGUCCCAGGCCUGCUGUUUUCAUCUCUCUCUCUCUCUCUACCGCACCUGCUGUCUCUAACUCUGAAUGAUUGACUAUGAAAAGCCAAAUGACAUUUACUUCUGAGGUGCUGACCUGUUGCCACCUCUACAACCACUGUGAUUAUUAUUAUUUGACCCUGCUGGUCAUCUAUGAACAUUUGAACAACUUGGCCAUGUACUGUUAUAAUCCCCUCAGAGCCUGGUUCCUCUCUAGGUUUCUUCCUAGGUUCCUGUCUUUCUAGGGAGUUUUUCCUAGCCACCGUGCUUCUACACCUGCAUUGCUUGUUGUUUGGAGUUUUAGGCUGGGUUUCUGUACAGCACUUUGUGACAUCGGCUGAUGUAAAAAGGGCUUUAUAAAUACGUUUGAUUGAUUGAUUGAUUGAAAGGAUCUACUGGUGAUUGUAUCAUUAAGAUAACUAGUGUGGUUCAUAAACAACACACUCUCAAUUAGUAAUAUGUUAGGACUAUUGCAGCUUUAAUUCUGGGUCUAAGAGGUCAACUUAAAGUAAUGCUCAUAUGACACACCGUUUAUCAGACAAAUAAUAACCAUGUAAAAUAACAGGAAGGCUGAGAGUUGCUCAUCUAAUGUCUGUCAAAUAUUUUAUGUCUGAAUCAAAGAGUACUUUUCAGAUAAAUCUGAGUUGAAAAAGUCAUCCUCAUAGUCAGUCACACUGACACAGAUAAAAUGCAUUCUGAAGAAUCACCGCCAAACUCAUCGAUUGAAACUUUGUAUCAGUUGUCCUGUUGGAACGUCUAUACAUUAAUCUGAUAAUGAUACAGUAACUUUGCAUAGUUUUAAACUGUCUACAUAGUUACAACCUGACUGUACACCCAGUUACUAUAUUCUCACUGUGCCAUAUAACAAUACGUUUGUAAAAUGUGAUAAUUAUUUUUACCUUUUAGAAGCGUUGGUCCAACAAUCCUGAGGACUUCACCACAGCACCUCGUUGAAGAAAUGUGCAGAGUCUAUCUCGGGUCACAUGUGUGAUGGGUAUUGGGGCGUUUCGUUCUAUGGUGGGACGUCUGUCCUCGGAUCAAUCCGUUCUCUAGAAAGAGAGAGGAGCGUGCUGCGAAGUUUUGGAAUUUUAACAGAUUUUUUUUUUUUAACUGGGUAUAUUUUCUAGAUGAGUUUUUGAAAGAAUAACAAAGUAAAAUCUCACUUCAUUUGGGAUAAUUCCUCCUUACGUGUUCACUUUUUGAUUGUUUGUCCAGACACGCUCUGCCCCAUUGACACAGACAGGACUCUCGGAGGAGGGGAAGGGGCCAUUAUACGACUGAAUGGGGAUCUCGAGAAGAAUAGCCGGAGGAAAGAAAAGUUUAUGGGAGGGGCAGAGACCGGUGGACAGCUGGCUGGUAGGACUGUGUGAUGGAGCAUGCCUCUUGAAUAAUACAAUGACAUACAACUCAAAUGCGUGACAUGCAUCUACAAUUACAUAAAACUUUUUUCAUGCUAUUUUGACUUAAUUCUAAGAUAUAUAUAAAUAAAUGUAUAUAAAGGUAUUUAAAUUCAAUGAAGGAGGAUGAUGGAUUGUAGAAUACAUUAAAAUCAAUUAAAAAUCCCAACCCACAGAGUCACAAAUGCCCCACGGAGCAUCUUGACCAGAUCAGACCUGCGAGCAUCCCUUUACUUGCCUGGUCGGGGCGGAGAGGGGAGAGGGAGAACAAGCCUGUCGCUAUAGCUACCAUUCCCUCCCCCCGCCGCAUCCCUCCAGAUGGCCAGCUUUCUUCUCUCAUCCCGUGAUGGAAUGAAAAGAUCGGCUAAUUAAACAAAGUCCCAUAUCCGUGUGAAAGACCGAAGAACCCUUGGGGAACAGUUGAGCGCAGGAGAGCUGGCCUGGCCAAGUAUUGAUUCUCACAGUUGUUGUCCCCUAGAUUCUACAGCACUCGAGUUAUUUAAACGGGCAUGUUUAUAAUCGUUGAAAUCUUUAUUGCUAAAAAUAGAAAAGGAACAACCACAACAACAACAGACAAACAAACAAUUUAAUUAAACGAAUAGGACUAAUACACAUAACAUCUGCGAUUAUGGGGGUUUAGCUAUAUGAGUGACAACUGAAAAGAGAACAUAACUGCAUUACAUAAAGAGAGUUCAGAGUUUCAGUCACUGCCCUGUGUCCAAUAGUGGAGUAAGGUAUACUUACAUAGGGCCUUUUACAUAUGGCCUUUUGAAAGAAAUGAACAAAUGAAAAUGAACACACACACCACAUUAUGAUGCCAUGCUGCUGUAAACCAAUUGAUUGUGUUGAAUACAGACUUCAAAACUAAAAGUGAAUCAUUUUUCUAGCAAUAUUAUUUUUUUAAAUGUAGAAAAAGAAAAACAUCUAUUCAUAAAUAAAAUAAGAUAUUUGUCCUUAACAUACACAUUGUUUACAGCAGACAUAAACUCAGCAAAAAAAGAAACGUCCCUUUUUCAGGUCCCUGUCUUUCAAAGAUAAUUUGAAAAAUAAUUCAAAGAUAAUUUGAAAAAUAAUUCAAAGAUAAUUUGAAAAUGUUUCCUAUGCUUGUUCAUUGAACCAUAAACAAUUAAUGAACAUGCACCUGUGGAAUGGUCGUUAAGACACUAACAGUUUAUAGACGGUAGCCAAUUAAGGUCACAGUUAUGAAAACUUAGGACACUAAAGAGAACUUUCUAUGGACUCUGAAAAACACCAAAAGAAAGAUGCCCAGGGUCCCCUGCUCACCUGCGUGAACUUGCCUUAGGCAUGCUGCAAGGAGGCAUGAGAACUGCAGAUGUGGCCAGGGCAAAAAAUUGCAAUGUCCGUCCUGUGAGAUGCCUAAGACAGCGCUACAGGGAGACAGGACAGACAGCUGAUUGUCUUCACAGUGGCAGACCACGUGUAACAACACCUGCAAAGGAUCGGUCGCUGGACCAGACAGGACUGGCAAAAACUGAUCUUCACUGACGAGUCGCGGUUUUGUCUCACCAGGGGUGAUGGUCGGAUUCGUGUUUAUCGUCAAAAUAAUGAGAGUUACACUGAGGCCUGUACUCUAGAGAGGGAUUGAUUCGGGAUGUGGAGGGUCCGUCAUGGUCUGGGGCAGUGUGUCACCGCAUCAUCGGACUGAGCUUGUUGUCAUUGCAGGCAAUCUCAACGCUGUGCGUUACAGGGAAGACAUCCUCCUCCCUCAUGUGGUACCCUUCCUGCAGGCUCAUCCUGACAUGACCCUCCAGCAUGACAAUGCCACCAGCCAUACUGCUGGCCAUAGAGACCAUCUACUGUAUCUUGCCUAUGCUGCUCUGUACCAUCACUCAUUCAUAUAUCUUUAUGUACAUAUUCUUUAUCCCCUUACACUUGUGUGUAUAAGACAGUAGUUUUGGAAUUGUUAGUUAGAUUACUUGUUGGUUAUUACUGCAUUGUUGGAACUAGAAGCACAAGCAUUUCGCUAC